AUGGCCUGCGCUGCUCCGGCCGGCCAUCACCUCGCUCGUCCGCGGCCGCACAGCCUGAUGCAGAUUCUCGCGGCCGUGAAGAGGAAGAGGCAGAGAGCAGCAACAACUCGAGCAGCAACAAUGGAGGAAAAUGCUACAGAAGGCAACAAACAUGAGAGAGCGUACCACCGCAGGCACCUCAUGCAGGAGCGCACCAGUGAACAACAAAGCGCCUGCGUUACACUGCUGCUCGCCCUAGCCCUAGACGUCCGAAUCGGGCAACUACUCGAGAGCUCGGUCAUCUCUUCCAUCACCGGCGACCCAGCCCUCGCCACGGCCAACAUGCUGCUCCAGCCGAUGCAGCACCUGCAACAGGCCGCCGUCACGGCCGCUUGUCCCUUCUCUUCCGCCGCCGGCGCGGAGAAAACCGAGAAUAACAUGCAGCUGCAGUUCGACGCCGACCCCUACGAGCCUGACAUCGACGCCGACCUCCGCGCCAAGGAGAAGGACCCCAGGGAGCACCCUGACGCACAGUACAUGUCCACGACGCAGCAGGGACGCAUCAGCCCGUCGAUGCGCGCCGAGCUCGUUCUCUGGAUGGACGCGUUCGCCCGCCACCUCGGCGACCUGCCACAGGGCACGCUCUGCCGCGCCGUCGCCUACCUUGACCGCGUCCUCACCGUGCGCCCCGUGCCAUCCCACGACGAGGCGCUCCGCCUAGUCGCGGCGGCCAUCGUCUCCCUUGCCGCCAAGUACGAGGAGACCAGCAGCGAGCGAAGGCUCGACGCCGAAGUCGUCGAAGAGUUUGUCGGGACCACCGUGGCCGCCGUGGAGGCGAUGGAGCGAGAGCUCGUCAUGGAUCUGGAUUGCGUCAUGGAUGGCCCGACCGCAUUCACGUUCGUCGAGCGCUUCACGAGGUUCUUCAAGCGGAAAGACGAGUUCCUGGUGAGGACACUCGCAUUGCGGCUUGUCGACUUGACGCUGCCGGAGUUCAGGUUCGUCGGCAAGAUCCUUCCGUCCGCCGUCGCUGCCUCGGCGCUGUUCCUAGCGAGGCAGAUCCUGGCCGUGCCGUUGAGUAAUCAUCCGGAGGAGUUGACUGGGUACAAGGCGGUGGAGUUGAUGGGUUGCAUAGAGGCCAUGGCGAUGCUGAUGCCGGAACCCAAACCCUAA